AUGGAGGAGGCCAGUUUAGAGGCUGAAGACAAUGAUGGUUAUAGCUCACUUCAAGGAAGAAAGAACCAUUGGGGUUCUUUUCGAGGUAAUUUUCGCAACAGGAACCGUCGUUAUCAACAUGGUGGAUAUCAGCCUCCACACCUCCUGAAGGAUUAUGGAUACAUGGAGAAGAGGGAAGUCCAGAGGUACCAAGUCAGACACACUCCGUAUACCAUGGGACAUGAGAAGAGGAGAGUGCAAUGGCAUAAUGGAGGCCAUCUCCAUGUUACUCUGUUGCAUAAUAGAAAAUAUUUCAGGAGAGAAAUGUGGGAGAAUACACAAGAUCAAACCAUGGGAAAUUGGUUCAAGGUCACAGUUGCCGGUGGAAGAAAGUAUGACAGGACAUGGCUAAUGGAUUCAAUCCAGAGCCAUUGCAGUGUCCCCUUCACUCCAGUGGACUUUCACUACGUGAAAAACAAGGCCCAGUUCUUUGUUCAAGAUGCUAGCACUGCCUCAGCAUUGAAGGAUGUCAGCUACAAGAUUUGUGACCAGGAGAACCGGAAGAUAGCUAUCUUUGUCAGUACUUCUGCUGUACCCUACUCUGUGCGGGAUAAACUGGCGCCAGAAGAAAUGGAACAGCUAAAGCUGGCCAUGUGCAAACGAUAUGACAUCUCUCAGAAAGCUCUUGAUCUCCAGUUGCUCCGCUAUGACCCAGACUUGGUGGACCAUGAUGUUACUAUAAUCCUGAAUAGAAGAAACUGCAUGGCUGCCACCCUGCAGGUCAUCAAAAAGAAUUUCCCUGAGCUGUUGUCCCUGAACUUACACAACAACAGACUGUGCCAGCUGGAUGGCCUGUCUGAUAUUGCACAGAUGGCGCCCACAGUCAAGAUUUUGGACCUUUCCAAAAAUGAGCUUAACUCUACCUGGGAGUUGUGCAAGAUUAAAGGCCUGAAACUGGAAGAGCUGUGGCUGGAAGAUAACCCCCUGUGCCACACCUUCUCAGAGAAAUGCACUUACAUAAGCGCCAUCAGGAAAUAUUUCCCCAACUUGUCACGCCUGGAUGGCCAGGAUUUACUCCCACCGAUUGCUGUUGACAUUGAUAGACACUACUUAAUAAAGCCACAUGGUCUCAAAUGUCUUUGAUUCCAGGAAAAAUAUAAAGGAUCUGAUGUGAUGAAGACUCAAGUCCUGCAAUUCCUGCAGCAAUAUUACUUGAUCUAUGACUCUGGAGACAGACAGAGUCUCCUCGGUGCUUAUCACGAUGAGGCCUGCUUCUCUCUGACCAUUCCCUUCAUCCAAGACAACCCAACCACAAGCAGCUUUUUUGAGUACUUCAAGGAUACCAGGAAUAUGAAGAACCUCCAGGACUCCAAUCUGUGUUUUCAGCUGCUGAAACGUACAAAACAUGACAUUGUGAGCUCUCUCUGUGUGUUUCCCAAAACACAGCAUGAUCUCAACUCCUUCCUGGUGGACAUGUGGUUGCAGUCGGAAAGCCUGCUUUUCUUCUGUGUCAACGGAGUGUUCAAGGAAGUGGAAGGAAGGUCUCAGGGUUCUGUGCGUGCCUUCACCCGGACCUUCAUCACUACCCCUGCCAGCGAUUCCAGUAUGUUCAUCGUGAAUGAUGAGCUGUUUGUGAGGGAUGCCACCCCAACUGAGACUCAAAGUGCGUUUUCUACCCAAGUGCCCACACCUUCCUGCAGCACUUGGCCCACCCUCUCUCAGGAACAGCAGGAAAUUGUGCAGAUUUCCUUCAGCCUUUCUCAGAUGAGCCUCUAGUGGUCUCAGAAGUGA